AUGCAGCUUUCUUACAAUCCUGUGUUUUCUUGCAUCGCUCGAAAAAUGGAGAACAUCAGAGAGGCGCCUGUGUCGAGCUCUUCAACUCUUCGGGCAGACCAGCCCCGCAAGAGCGGGCGCCGUGCAAGUGGAGCAGGAAUAAUGUUCCUCCAGGAGGCCAUGUCAGAGCAGCAACGGCCAGCCGGUGCUAUUCUGCAACAUGCCCCGAGCCGACUCUCUUUGGUGGACCUGGAUUCGAGAACAGAGAAUGGAGAGCCCUCUGCAUCGCAAUCCCGAGCAUUCGGUAGAUCAGCAACAUCGGCUACUGGCGCCUUGGGCGCCGAACUGUCUCGAGAUCACUCGAUGGUGACAAGGGAUGAGUCAGUGGUGACCAGACAGGGCUCAAUGCUGAUGACCUCUGCAAUGACCACUGGUGGCAGGCCCUCUCAAAGGAGGGCAUCGAUGGCCGUUGGCAAGGACGGGCAAGUCGAAGAUAGUCGUGCGCUCAUGGACCGACUUGCAAAGCUCCGAAUGGAGGGGACGGAUCAUGAGCAGCAGCUGAAAGACGAAGAGGACCGCCGAAAUCAGCAGAAGAUGGCCGAGAUUCUUGCAAAAGCCUGGGGCGUUGGUGGCAAGCGCAUUUCUGGCAUGGUCUCCAAGGUUGAGAAGGAUGACAAGGGAAAGAGCAAGAAGCUCGGUGGACUCUUCGGGAGCAAGGAGGCCGAACGAGAAGAGCAAGAGCAGAAGAAGGCAAAGCUUGAGACUAUGACCCUGGACAAGAAGAGACAGAUUGAUUCCAAUGCAGUGGCGCUGGAUAUUAGCCCAAACCUUGCCACUGAAGAGGUGUCUGCAGCUUUUGAAGAAGUUCGGAUCUUGAAGGACCGGCCGGAGAGCAAGGUGGUGGUGACUGAGGUAUGGGGCUUCGUUUCAGCCAGCCAAGGCGAUAUUGGACUUCAGCACCUUGGCCUUCAGAGCUCAAUACGGUGCUCUGUGGACAUGCCAAAGGAUCCCAUGCCCGAGAAAGAGGAGUCGGUCAAAGAGUUUGUGACCCGAAACUUAGGGGAGGAGGUGCGAAGAUGGAGACUUUUUUUGCUAGCCCGGCAAAUUGGCUUUUGGUCUGUGCUUGCAGAGCUUGGCGAGGAGCAGCUGGAGGAAGAGGUGCCUACUGAUGCUGAGACUUUGGAGGAGGACUGCCCCUUUGAUGAGGAAGAGCAUCAGCUGCUUGAGAAGAGGCGUGAACUCAAGGCACUCCUCAUUGCCUCACGGCAGCGGGCAGAUGCUUUGGCCAGCGCCAUUGACGCACAGGUGGAUGAGGUCAUGGGCAAGGAGAAGCAGCGCAUGCAAGUCAUUGAAGAGCUCUCUCAGCAUUGCGCGGAACUCCAGAGAAUACAGGAGCAGCGCCAACAAGAGCUGCUUCAAGAGCUGGAGAAGUUGAACAAUGCGACGCAGCAGUGCAGCGAGUGCGAGAACCGCUCGCAGUUUCUGGUGGAGCGCAUCAUCACACUGUUAGCUUCUAGCCCUUUGGAUGCCGAGCACGUUGCCGUGCUGAAGUCCAAGCAUCAAGGAGAGCGAGAGAUGCUGCGACAGUUUGAAGACAUCCGACAGCAGUACGAUGAGGUGCGGCAGCAGAAUGUCGAAUUGACCAGCCGAUUGUUGGAGGAGUCAUCUUUCUCUCGGCGACUUUCCGAUCAGCUUGCAGAGGCCGAGGAACGCUUCAAUCGCUGUGCACAGGAUGGUCUUCAACCGCAGCCUGGAGGAGCAGCUCCAGGCUGUCAAGACACAGAAAGUGGAAGCGCGCAGUCACCAGCGACGUUGCACCUCAACUCAGUUCCGCCUUUGCCAUUGCGCUGCGAAGUGGAUGAGGGUGACAGGGUGAACCGCCAUGCUGACGAGCCAGGGCGCGCGGCCCGGAUGCGGCGGUUGCCCAAUUCCCUGGGCGUGCUAGCCGAGGCUGAAGGAACUAGAUCAAUCCCGAGCUCAUUCACUGAGAAGGAGUUGCUGAAGGAGAGCGUUAAGUGCCCGGUGAGUGACCUGGUUGCGUUGGGAACGAGCUGCUCGUGUGAGGGCACCGACUGCGGAGAGGGGAAAUAUUGCUUUGGGGAGAAGCCGACUUGCCAAGACAAGCCCAGGCAGGACCCUUCGUUGCUGGACUGGCAUGGCAAGACUGCCAAGGGUCCGCACGAUGGAAAGGACAAAGGUCAAAUCGCUGGAAGAGAAUUCAAGUUCUACAAGAAGUCCGAAAAAAGUGGCCUCAGGCUCUUCUACUCGGACAACUUGAGAGUGUACUGUCAUAGCCAACCUAGCGGUGCUAGCAGCUGGGAGAUCAUGAUCGAUGGCCAGCCCUGCCCAAGUGGAGGUAUUUAUGGAGCUUACCAUGUGCAUCGGAUUGAAAACCCGCACCGCAUUAACGGUUGGGGAGGCUAUUGCAAAGGAGUUGGAAAAGGAGAGCACACGGUUUCUGUGCACGUACGGCCAACUCCUGGGUAUGAAGCUGCUUAUCGACAUGAUGCCUUUACUGGCUGGCAAGGGUGGGGAAGUGGCGGUGCUUCUUGGCAUUUGGAGGCGCAAGAGGUGCCCGAGGACUACCCCUUUUACCACUAUGUGGAAGGCCGCUUAGCGGAUGGAAGAGAUGGUGGUGUCGUUAAUGGCCGUGUACUGAACUUCAACAAGCAGUUGGCGGACAGCCGGCUGCGGCUUUUCUACUCUGACAACCUUCGAAUUCAUGGCCGUCCCCACAAGAGUGGCGCGUGUCGAUGGCAUUUGCGAAUUGAUGGACAGAUGUGUGGAAGCGGUGCAAUCACUGGAGAUGUGUAUGGGCAUGCGCCUGACAAUGUACACCGCCAGAGGAGUUUCAUGGGCUAUUGUGACAACGUCCCGGCCGGACAGCACAAGGUUGAUGUGCACAUUGAAGCGAUUCAUCAUCAUUGGGUUUGUGAUGCCUUUACCGGGUGGAAUUCCAACUUUCUCCUUGAGGCCGAAGAAAUCCCCAAGGAGUACCAAAUGGUGAAGGUUCACAUGAGCCACAACGCGGAUGGAAGGGACUCUGGUGCCAUUGGUGCAUACCGGAUUUCUUUCACAAAAAACCAUGCAGACACAAGGCUUCGGCUAUUCUACUCUGAUAACUUGAGAGCUCUUAGCGGCGCCCACGACUGUGCUUGCAAAUGGGAAAUCCUGGUGGAUGGGAACCAGUGCCCCAGCGUGGAAAUUUUUGGCCAGGUUUAUGUUCGCCGCCAUCAUGCGGGCAACGUGCACGACACCAACCCACACCGUCCUCGCAGCUUCGCUGGGUUCUGCGAUGGAGUGACGAAGGGCGAUCACGUUGCCAUUGUCAAUGUCAAGCAGCAAGGGCCCGCAUGUGAUUGCUACACACUGUGGCACCCCAGUGCGAACCGCAAGGGUUCCCAUGGCGCCUUGGAAGUGCACGAGUUCUUCAAGCCUUGCUCAUCACUUACGAAGAGCGAAUGCAAAGAGCCUAGAUGUGUUGUCAACAGCGAGGAGGAUCGAUGCUCAGACCUAAUUCCAUGCCCUGGCCAUGACAAAGUAGCAGUGGGCUCUGCUUGCCAAUGUGGAAAGGAAGCAGCUGCCAAAGGGAAGUUCUGCUAUGAAGACAAGACAGUGCAUGAUGGGCCUAAAGAGGAGAAAAGCGAUGCUUUGGGUCUCCAAUCUCCGUGGCUUUUGCUAGCACUACUUGCCCUGAGCUGGCUAGAUGCCUGGCCAGAGAGUGGCUUCAUUUGA